AUGACUUCCAAUGAUCUCUCACGCUGCUGUACUAUUGGCACCUUACACAGUGGCGAAGCUAGAGGGGAGAUCAAAAACAUCCAGAACAUCUCAACAUACUUCGCCUAUCCAGCCAAUAAGUCUACCGAGAAUGCAAUCCUCAUAUUAACCGACGUGAUCGGACACCGACUCAUCAACGUCCAAUUGAUCGCAGAUCAGUUCGCCGCAAAGGGCUAUUUCGUGCUGAUCCCUGACCUAUUCAACGGCGACUCCGUACCGAUCAAUCGUCCCGAGGGCUUCAACAUCAUGGACUGGGUAAAAAGCCACCUCCCCCUACAGACAGAGCCAAUCAUCAACACCGUCCUAAAAGAGAUGCGCGGUAACUUGGGGUGUAAGAGAAUCGGUGGUGUUGGAUAUUGCUUUGGUGGGAAGUAUGUUUGUCGCUAUCUGAAGCAUAGUCAAUUGGAUGCGGGCUUCAUUGCACAUCCUACUAUGGUUGAAGCCAAUGAGCUCAAGGGAAUUGAAGGGCCGUUGAGCAUUGCGGCUGCCGCGCGGGACUUUGUUUUCACCACCGAGAAACGUCGCGAGAGCGAGGAUAUUUUGGAUAGCAUGGAUGUGCCAUAUCAGAUCAAUUUGUUUUCUGAUGUUGAGCAUGGGUUUUCGGUUCGCUGCGACCUGUCAAAACCACGUCAGAAGGUUGCGAAGGAGCAGGCGUUCGGUCAAGCUGCUGCUUGGUUUGACGAGUAUUUGAAGAACUAG